AAACGUUUGAGGAAAAAGUUCAGGUGGAAGCUAAAAGUGUGGUGGAAGAGCUUAGGUCACUGAAAGGGAAAUCCCUGGAUGUAACCAGACUGUUCAUGGAUGCAUUGUCCAAUAUACUUUUCUCCAUCAUAUUUGGGAACCGUUAUGAGUACAAGGAUGAGAGAUUUGUGAAGUUCCUGGCAGUGGUAGAGGAGACUUUUCACAUUAUGAGCUGCCCAUGGGGACAGCUCCACGCCAUCCUUCCUGGAGUCAUGGACUACAUUCCGGGUCCUCACCAACAAAUCCCCUCAAUUUCCAAAGAGCUAAUAUCAUUUAUUCGAGACAGAAUUAAAGUCCAUGAGAAGACUCUGAAUCCUGACGCUCCCAGAGACUUCAUAGAUGUUUUUCUCAUUAAAAUGGAAAAGGAGAAAAAUGAUCCAAACACAGAUUUUAUUGAGAUGAAUCUUAUAAUGAUUAUUCACAACCUGUUUAUAGCUGGAAUAGAGGCUGUUACGGCUACACUCAGACACGGAAUACUCAUCAUACUGAAAUACCCUGAGAUACAAGAUAAAAUUUACCAGGAAAUUGAUCAAAUUAUUGGACAUGAUCGAAUUCCAAACUUGAAGGAUAGAGCAAACAUGCCAUACACAGAAGCCACCAUCAAUGAAAUUCAAAGAUUCUGUGACCUCGUUCCCUUCAACGUUCCACACCAAACUACAAAGAACACGGAGUUUAGAGGAUAUUUCCUUCCAAAGGGUACUGAGGUCUACCCCCUUCUCUACACUGUUCACCGGGAUCCCACAAAAUUUGCGGCCCCAUUCAAAUUCAACCCAAACCACUUCCUGGAUGAGAACGGAAAAUUUAAAAAGAAUGACGCUUUCAUGGCAUUCUCUGCAGGGAAGAGGAUUUGCCCGGGAGAAAGUCUGGGUCGGAUGGAAUUGUUCCUGUUUUUUACAACCAUUCUGCAAAACUUCAAGCUGACUUCAGAAACUCAAUUUACUGACGCUGACCUCAUUCCAAAGUUGCGCGGGUUUUUAAAUGCCCCCAUUCACUACAAGCUCUCAUUUAUUCAGCGUUCUUUUAAAUUUACACCAUAAGAAUUAAGAUAUAAGAAAGUGCAUAAACAGUUAUAGUCUAAAAAUUAUUCUCAGAUAAUGACAAACAUCCAAAAUUUGUAAGUGGCUAUGCACAUAAGAGUUUCCCCGAGUUUCAAUAACAUUGAAAACCUAAAAAUAAGGGUCAACACUUAGUGGAUAUGCCCCCAAUAUAAAAAUAUACAGGUUUAUCACAGUAACAAACAUUACUAAUCACAAUAUAGAGUCCUUCAAGUGUUUAUAAAUACUUUUAAAAACAAAAUAUAAGACCCUGUUGUAUGUAUUUUCCAGUACGCUCUCUCUCCUCCAGUCUAAGCUGCACACAGAGGGGUGGAGAGAGAAGGAGCGUCUGAUAGUCCUAGGUAAAGGAGCCUAUGUGCACAGACACA